AUGAAUUCGAAUAAGCUAUACUCGGAGGGAAGAAUUUUAACGUAUGCUGAAUAUCCGUCUAUGAUUGUUUAUAAGAAAGAUAAGCAAGUAUGGGAGCCAAGAAAGAGAGGUUUCUCCCUUGGUCGUCUUCAAUAUAUCACUUUAGGCAUGGGCGAGGUAUAUUACAUGAGGAUUCUAUUAACCAAACAGAGAGGCUGUGACAGUUUUGCAAGUUUAAGAACUGUCAAAGGGGUUGUUUAUCCAACAUUCCAAGAUGCGUGCGAUGCUAUGAGAUUAAUGGAAGAUGAGAGGGAGUAUGUUGAUGGGAUUAUUCACAUGAGUGAGAUUGGUUCAGGGUCUUAUUUGAGGCAUUUGUUUGUAACGUUGCUCUCAACAAACGCUAUAGGAAAGCCAAGAGAAUUGUGGGAUAAGACAUGGAGAUUUUUAGCUGACGACAUUUUUUACCACAGAAGAAGGUUGCUUAAAAUGCCAGAUCUUCAAAUCAAUGAUGAGGAUUUGAUGAACUUAUGUUUGAUUGAGAUAGAGAAGGUGUUGAGAACCAAUGGAAGGUCACUUAAAGAAUGGCCUAGCUUACCUUAUCCAUCAUUUUGUGAGACCUUUCAUUUUGAAAAUCAAUUUGUUGCAGAUGAGCUUAAUUACAAUAAGGAUGAAAUGAACGUACAACAUCAACAAUUGGUCUGUUCCCUAACUUUUGAACAGAAAGGAGCGUAUACCCAGAUAUUGGAUGUUGUUUCGUCCAAUAACGGAGGAUUUUUUUUCCUAUAUGGAUUUGGCGGAUCUGGUAAAACUUUUGUGUGGAGUACCCUCUCAGCUGCGCUGCGUUCUGAAGGAAAGAUUGUUCUAUAUGUUGCGUCAAGUGGCAUUGCUUCAUUACUAUUACCUGGAGGUAGAACUGCUCACUCUAGAUUUUCCAUUCCUAUCACUAUCCAUGAAUCAUCAACAUGUAAUGUCCGUCAAGGUUCUCAUAAAGCUGAAAUGCUUCAGAAUGCAAGUCUUAUCAUUUGGGAUGAAGCUCCAAUGCUUAACAAGCACUGUUUUGAAGCUCUAGACAAAACUUUGAAUGACAUCAUGAAGACCCAAGCAACUUUUGGCCACGAUAAACCCUUUGGAGGAAAGGUAGUUGUUUUGGGUGGGGACUUUCGACAGAUUCUGCCAGUAAUUUUGAAAGGAAGUAGAUCAGAAAUCAUUUCUUCUUCUGUGAAUUCAUCAUACCUAUGGAAGCAUUGUAAAGUAACGAAGUUAACUACCAACAUGAGAUUACAACAAGCAGGGUCCUCUUCUUCAUCCUUGGAGAUCAAAGAAUUUGCGGAUUGGCUUCUUCAAGUGGGCGAUGGCACGGUUAAGCCAAUCGAUGAGGAUGAUUCUAUUAUAGAAAUUCCCUCUGAUUUAUUGGUGAGGGAGUCCGAUAAUCCCUUACUUGAGUUAGUCAAUUUUGCAUAUCCCAAUGUUGUUGCUAAUUUGGAGAACUAUGCAUAUUUUGAACAAAGAGCACUCCUUGCUCCCACUCUUGAAAGUGUUGAAGAGGUUAAUAACUUCAUGAUGUCAAUGAUCCCUGGGGAGGAAACAGAAUAUUUGAGUUAUGACACACCAUGCAGGUCAGAUGAAGACUCUGAAAUAGAUGUAGAAUGGUUCACUUCAGAAUUUCUAAAUGAUGUUAAGUGCUAUGGUAUUCCCAACCACAGAAUUGUUCUCAAAGUUGGUGUCCUUAUCAUGUUAAUUCAGAACAUUGAUCAGUCUGCUGGAUUGUGUAAUGGAACAAGAUUGAUAGUGAGCACUUUGACACCUUAUAUCAUUGUUGCAAGAGCUCUUUCCGGUUCUAAAACAGGUAAACCUGUUUAUAUUCCUAGGCUUAGCUUAACUCCUUCUGAUACUGGCCUUCCUUUCAAAUUCUCAAGGAGACAGUUCCCUAUUACUGUUUGUUUUGCUAUGACUAUAAAUAAGAGCCAAGGCCAGUCGUUAUCGCAUGUUGGAUUAUACCUUCCUAGGCCGGUGUUCACGCAUGGCCAGCUAUAUGUAGCUCUAUCAAGAGUAAAAUCUAGAAAAGGGUUGAAGAUACUUAUAGUCGAUGACAAAGGAGUAGUAUCUAAUUGCACUCGGAAUGUUGUGUGUGAAGAAGUAUUCCAGUCAAUAUGAAUGAUUCAACAGACUUUCAAUGAUAAUGGGGCAGCAAGCAACAAGUGGAAUGCAUAACGUUCAUAUGACAUCUUUUUGUUGCUGAUAUAUAUAUUUUUGUAAUCAUCAACCUUUGUUAGAUUUAUUCAGUUUUUCAUUGUUGUGUAAACGAAUCAAAUCUAAUUUCUAUUGUUAUCUAUGGUUUUGUGGUAGUUAAUCAUGUCAA